AUGAAGUUUGGAUAUGUUAUGACUUUCAUGUGCUGUGGAGCUUUUGGAGGUGUCCUGUUAAUAGAGAAAAGUUCAAGUGUUAAGGCAAUAAGUUUGAUUUGUAUUUCACAGUUCAAGUGGCGAUUAAGGAAGAAAGCAUCACAAGUUCUCUAUUUACAGUUUGCAUUGCGGAAACGUGCAAUAAUUGAAGAAUUUCAUGACAAGCAAGAGCAGGUAAAAGAAUGGCUUCAUAGCUUAGGAAUAGUAGAUCAAACGAUAAUGGUGCAAGAUGAUGAAGAACCUGAUGAUGGUGCUGUACCAAUACAUCAUGAAGACAGUGUUAAAAACAGAUAUGUCCCAUCAGUUACUGCCCUAUCAAUAAUUCGUCCGUCACUAGGGGGCCAGCAGUCGGUUGCAGACAGAGCCAAAGUUACAAUGCAGAAGUAUUUGGAUCUCUUUUUAGGAAACCUAGAGAUUGUCAAUUCUCGAGAGGUCUGCAAGUUUUUGGAGGUCUCCAAGCUAUCUUUUUUACAAGAGUAUGGUCCAAAGCUGAGAGAGGGAUAUGUAACGGUGAAGCAUUUGUUAAAUCUUUCUCAGGAUGCAAAUAUAACUUGCUUUCCAUGUCACUGGUUUCACUUUUGUGAUAACAAUUGGAAGAAGUCACAUCUUCCAUCUAACUAAGUUUCGAGGUCGAAUGCUCCAAUGCCAGGCAUGCAAUGGUA